GGGAGGAGGGUUGUGUUCAAGUCAGAGAAGGUAUUAGCGAGAAUCCUGUCAACAAACUCGCAUAGAGUGUGAUUUAUUACGUUUACUAAAUGGACAUUUCGUGACAGAAGCCAUUUUAGUUCAAGGAAAGCGCCUUUUCUCAAGAAAUACAGAGUAAAUGUCAUCUGAGCCUUGACCCCUGGAUCCUCCAGCCAAAACCCUAAUUUAUGUUUUGUGGUGAGGCCAUGACUACUGUCAACAUCACCAGAGAUAUCCUGCACCGGCAGAUUAGAGACAAGAGAGCAUCAGGCUUCCAAAGGUUUUAUCAUGUGACUGACCCGUUCAUCAAGAGACUUGGACUUGAGGCUGAGCUUCAGGGUCACACUGGCUGUGUGAACUGUUUGGAAUGGAACGAACGAGGAGAUUUACUGGCCUCGGGCUCAGAUGAUCAGCAUGCCAUCAUCUGGGAUCCAUUCAGACACAAGAAGCUAACAACUAUGCACACUGGUCAUGCAGCAAAUAUAUUCUCUGUAAAGUUCCUCCCUCACUCGGGGGACAGGAUUUUGGUAACGGGUGCAGCCGACACAAAAGUCCACGUGCACGACGUGACAGUGAAGGAAAUCAUCCACAUGUUUUCUGAUCAUACCAACAGAGUCAAACGCAUCGCCACAGCACCCAUGUGGCCAAACACUUUCUGGAGUGCUGCGGAGGAUGGCAUCAUCAGACAAUACGACUUGAGGGAGAGCAGUAAGCGCUCGGAGGUGCUGAUCGACCUGACAGAGUUCUGCGGUCAGCUGGUCGAGGCCAAGUGUCUAGCUGUCAACCCACGAGACAACAACUACCUGGCAGUGGGAGCCAACGGGCCUUUUGUUCGCCUUUAUGACAUCAGGAUGAUUAACAACUACAGGAAAUCUAUGAGUCAGAGCACAUCGGCAUCUGUGCACACAUUCUGUGAAAGGCAGAAGCCCAUCCCAGAUGGAGCGGGGCAGUAUUAUGUUGCAGGGCACCUGCCAGUGAAACUCCCAGACUACAAUAAUCGCCUGAGGGUCCUGGUGGCCACCUACGUCACCUUCAGUCCCGAUGGCACUGAGCUGCUAGUUAACAUGGGUGGAGAACAGGUGUAUCUGUUUGACUUGACAUUCAAACAGAGGCCAUACACUUUCUUGCUUCCUAAAAAGUGCCAGUCAUCAACAGGAGAUGUACAGAACGGAAAGACGACCAAUGGCGUCUCCAAUGGAAUUCACUUGCCAACCAGCCAUAUUCGAUUUGCCGGAAGCAAAAUGCACUCUAGCGCUACUGAAAUCCCUGCUCACCUGGAGAAGAUAAAGCAGCAAGCUAAUGAUGCAUUUGCAAGGCAGCAGUGGACACAAGCCAUCCAGCUGUACAGUUUAGGCAUUCAUCAGGCCAGCUGCAACGCCAUGCUGUAUGGAAACCGGGCAGCUGCAUACAUGAAACGCAAGUGGGAUGGAGAUCAUUAUGAUGCCCUCAGGGACUGUUUGAAGGCACUGACUCUGAACCCGGGUCAUCUGAAGGCUCAUUUCAGGCUGGCACGGUGUCUGUUUGAGCUGAAAUAUGUGUCUGAAGCUCUGGAGUGUCUGGAUGAUUUUAAAGGAAAGUUUCCAGAACAGGCGCACAGUAGUGCUUGUGAUUCCCUGGAUAAAGAUAUAAAGGCUGCUCUCUUCACAAAGACAGAAACAGCAGAGGAUAAGAAGUCCAACAGCUCCAUUCGAUUCCACUCAUUCAGUCGGAAGGAGUCCAUCCCUGAAGACGAGUUGGUGCUGAGAGAGCGCAGCUUUGACUACAAGCACAGAUACUGUGGUCACUGCAACACCACCACCGAUAUCAAAGAGGCCAACUUCUUUGGGAGCAAAGGCCAGUACAUUGUUAGCGGCUCAGAUGAUGGCUCCUUCUUUAUCUGGGAAAAGGAGACGACUAAUCUGGUGAGGAUCCUGCAGGGGGACGAGUCCAUAGUCAACUGCCUGCAGCCCCACCCCAGCUACUGCUUCCUUGCCACAAGUGGCAUCGACCCCGUGGUUCGAUUAUGGAACCCUCGACCAGAGACAGAGACGGAGAACGGGCGAGUGGUAGAGGACAUGGAAAGUGCUGCUCAGGCGAACCAGCGGCGUAUGAAUGCCGACCCACUGGAAGUAAUGCUGCUCAACAUGGGCUACCGCAUCACAGGCCUGCGUGGCGUCGGCCCAGAGGGCUCAGAUGACGAAGACAGCUCAGAGGGACAAGUCCAGUGUCGGCCAAGCUAAAGAAACUGUUCAUAAUGGAGAAUGGACGUAGGAAGCAAAGCACUCUCCCAGCUCCUGUUUGAAUCUUAAUUUCCCCCCCCAAUCUGACAGAAACAUUGAGUGAAUGUCAUGUCACAUCUCUGCACUAUGCAUCGCCCUCCCCUGUCCAAAGAGAGGACCGGCGGAGACCACUUUGGGGGAGAGGAAUUCAUGGAGGGUGGAGAAGACAACCAUCUCGCCCCUCUUCAAAGCACCAACAACACCUCAGCCUCUCCCUCCGCCCAGCGGUGGCAGGGGGGACACCUUUGAGCAGAGCACCUUCCACGUCACUCCCCCAGUUUCUCAUGAAGAAGGAGGAGUUCAGCACUUAUCCCUCCUCAGGUUUAUGUUGGAGAGACACACAACACGUAGAGGGAGAAACCAGCACUCGGGCGACCUAUUUUCAGGUCAGCGUGGCCACACAGCGUCCUCCAUGGAGGAUCAGAUCACAGACCAGAGGACGGUGCUUUGUUGCAUCUCCUGUCUGCUCUACAGUCGGAGCUAAGAGUCUUUGUGCCGCUCAUCUCAGAAAGGCUGCACACCCAAGUCGUCAAAUCUGAGUUAGACUUGGUCACAUUUUCAGUUGGAGUUUUUGAUCACAGGAAGCCUAGGAUUAAUCGUCACUCUCCAAGUUGUGAAAGUUGUAUUGUUGCUCCAAUGAAAUGUAUUCAUAAGCUUUGUUUAGUUUAUAACUGUCAGAGAAAACAAAGAAAGGGGUUUCUUCUGCCAAAGGUUGUCAUCUAUCAUUUCAAUAGCCAAGGAAUUAAUGUCUGUUUUCUUUGUUUCAUUGAGACAUACAUUUUGGCACACAGUACUCCUUUUAGUUAACCCUUUGAAACCUGGUGUGUGACAGUAUUGAAACUUUUGAACCCUGAACAAAUUGGUGCAAUUUCU